AUGUCCGCCACCGAUUCUACAUUUCGAGUCGAAUAUGCUAAAUCGGAUCGAUCAAAAUGCAAAAGUUGUUGGUCGACAAUCGAUACAGAUUCAUCUCGAUUUACAUUUAUGACAUACUCAUCAAAAUUUGACGGCAAAGAAGACCAAGAUAAAAUUCGUCAUCGUAUUCAAGAAAACGCUACAGUACUAUCGAGUGGAAAUGAUGCAAAUGAUACAUUUUCUGUUCAAUAUGCUAAAUCAAAUCGAAGUACAUGUCAUAGUUGUGAUAAAUCGAUUGAUAAAGAUACAUUGCAUUUAUCAAGAACAAAGUAUACAAGUAAACGAGCACGAAGUUAUGGACCAACUGAUGAAUGGUAUCAUGUAGAUUGUUUUUAUCAAAUGAAAAAAGAUCUUGGAUUUUCAGGCAAUGCUGAAUCGCUCAUAGAACAAAGUGAAUUUCUAUGGACUUACAAAGAUAAUUUACGAAAAGAUAUUCCAAUCGAUGUUCUAAAAGAAUUACUCGAGUUUAAUGUUCAAAAAUCAUUAAUUGAUACUGUAACUGAUUAUAUGGCAUUCAGUGCACUUGAACCAUGCCCAGAAUGUGGUGGUUCUUCUUAUUUUCAAUUAUGCAAAUUAUCGUUAACACCAUGUUCUUAUUCAACAAUAUUAUCUAAACGAAAACCAUUUGAAAUGCCAGAUAAAAUUAAAGAAAAAUACGACAUUUUACCUGAUUAUGAUUCUAAAUCACCUCUUAAUGGCUAUUCUAUUGCAUUAGUCGGUCGUUUAUCAAAGAAGACAAAUGAAGUACAAAAAGCGAGUAAAAAAAUUCAAGAUGCACAAUAUUUCGAAAUUCAUAUUGUUCCUGAACAAUUUCUCGAUGAUAUUCUUAAUGAUCAAUCAUCGAUUGUGAUGGAAAAAUUAAAAUUAACAACUUGUGGUAAAUUACCACAUAUUCGAAAACAACAAAACAAAAAUUUCCGACUACAUUUAAAUCUAUGGGGUCGUACGGGUACAACUUUUGGUGGUCAUAAAAUAGAAGAAUAUUAUAAUCAAUCUAAAGCAAUCAAUGCAUUUCAUCAAAUAUUUUUUGAUAAAACUGGUAAUCACUGGACUAAUCGAACUAAUCGAGAAACGUUUAAAAAAUUACCAACUAAACAUUAUUCAUUAGAAAUUGAUUAUGGACAACAUAGUAAUGAUGAUGAUGAUAUACAAAAAGCAUUAAAUAAUUCUAAUGCAAAAAAUUGUUCUCAUCUUCCAUCACCUGUACAAGAUCUUAUUUGUUUGAUUUUUAAUAUUGAAACAAUGAAAGAAACAUUACUUUCAUUUGAAAUUGAUCUGACAAAAAUGCCAUUAGGUAAAUUGUCAAGUAAUCAAUUAAAGAAGGCUUAUCAAAUAAAACAUCUAUUAUUGAUGCUAGUAAUCGAUUUUAUACACUUGUUCCUCAUGAUUUUGGUCUUAAAAACACUAAAAAUUCUUGAUAAUAUUGAAUUAAUUCAAUCAAAAACACAAAUGAUUAAUAAUUUGCUUGAAACAGAAAUAGUCUGUUCAAUGUUAAAAGGAUCUACAGAUGAAGAAAAUGAACAUCCGAUUGAUGUUCAUUAUAAAAAAAUUAAAAUGCAUGGUUCGAGAACAACAAAUUUUGUUGGAAUUCUUAGUCAAGGAUUACGUAUUGCUCCACCAGAAGCACCAGUGGUCAGUUCAAAGUGAUGAGUUUCAGAAAAAAAUAAAGGCAAUUUCAAUAAGGUUUUCAUAAUUUUUCGAACAGCUAAAUAUAAUCUUUUGUAUUUCUUGCAAGAAGUUCUUGGAUGGAUACUCUUGUAUUAUGACUGUUAGUGAUCUUGAGUUUAAAAGAAAAGUUUUAAGGAUAAUUUUCUACAUAAAACGAGUAGUUCAAAUUAAUUGUUCACAUCAUUCGAUUUUAUGGCAAAGAGUAAUAAAUUCUAAAUUAUUUCUUAUUUAUUAUAGACAGGCUAUAUGUUUGGUAAAGGUGUCUAUUUUGCUGACAUAGUUUCGAAGAGUGGUGAGUUCUUUUUCCAUACCCCUUUAUUACAUGGAACUUUAUUAUCGACUGAGAUUAUUGUUCAGAUUGCGAGACUAAUUUUUGUUUGAUCAACAAUAACAAAAGAUGAAAUUAAACAGAAAAAAAGAAUACUAGGCAAUGAAUCUUGAUCAUGUUGUCAUUUUUCUUCAGCACCAUGCAUACGAAUUUGAUUGCUCACACCAAUAAUAUGUUGUACUUGUGGAAAUUCCGAUUGAUGGACGGCACUUUCCACAACAUGAAUACAAGCUAUUUCAAAUUCUGUUUGUCUGUUUGACGAAGGCAACAAUAUAUUCAAAUACAUUUUAAUAACAAACUCAUAAUAUUGAACAACAACAACAAAUUUACCUUGUCUUAUACAUAAACUGGUGAGAUUAAAAUAUCGUAUGAUGAGAUCAGCAAUAUUUGUAUCAUUUUCAGUUGUCAAUAGUUUAUCGCGAUACCAUCUGAGAUAUUGUUACCCGUUAGAACAAUUAUGGUUCAUACAACAUUCGAAUCAUACUGUAUUAUCUAGUUUCCUCAAGAUAGUAUCUGAUAUGUGACAUGAACUAUGUUUCGUUAUUUUCGUUCACUAGGUUCAAUUUGACACACCAUUUUUCAUUGUGCUGAGCUUUCUCAUCUAUUAUUAUUUUCUCGAUUGAAUCAAUAUAUCUUUUCCACAACCACUCUCUAAAUCGAAUCAUUAAGCAAUGAAAUAUUACUUGCUAUUUUGAAACAUCUCGAUAUCUAUAUGCUGUACUGUGCUUUCUAUGACAAUUCGAAAUACACUAGCAUCCUUCAUUGAUACUUGUCAAAGACGUUACUUGUUUUUUCAUACCAAUAUUACUGCUAUCAAUAAACGAUUUUUAACAACAACUGAAUAAACUCUUUCUUCGCUCUCACCCCAAGGAAUCGAUAAAACAUUAAUAAACUUAAUUCUUCAAUACUUUGAUCCGAUAAUCAAAUUGAACGUUUGAGUAUUAAUAAUUCAGCGACAGAUGGUUUGAUUUUCGUUUUCUAGUAAAUAUUGUAAGCGCAUGCUAACUAUUUUAUGUCACUUGUGGGUUGCACAUUAUGAUUGAGAAAUGUGAAUAGCAAACGUUCUCGAAUCGCAGCUAUUUUUUUCCAUCUUCUUCGUUUCUCAAUAAGCCGCUGCCUCUGGACAUCGAACAUUGUUUUAUUCCUUCAUGAUAAUACAUUGAAUCUUCGAUCACUUUGCAUGUGUCUGUUACAGGAAUUGUUAUUUACUUCGAUGUUGCUGAAUUAUAAACUAAAUUAUGUUCACCAACUCUAGAUUAUUGAUAAUUCUACAUCAUCUAAUCUGACAAUUAUGUUGAUCUCGUUUUCAGGUUUACAACGACUACACAUCGAACAGCAAAACACUCAAUGAUCCUCACUUCUACAUGGCGGAGAAUGGUGAAAAUUAUUGAAACAUAUUGCCUGAUCGUGCUCUGAGUCGACAGCUUUCGUAGAGUCAUAAAUGAAACAGAACGAACAAAAAAAAAAUACGUGCCAAACUUUCGACCUUUCAUCGAGUCCAUCGUAUACCUUUAAUACUCUGCUUGGCUAUAAGAAUAUUGUUGAAUAAUUUGUUCAACACUUCACAUUCCUUGUUUUUUUUUCUUGCACAACAUUCGAAAAUUCAUUUGAUCAUUGUAUGUCGACAUUAUUAUAAAGAACAAUUCAUUCAAAUAGAUCUUAACAAAAUUUGAGUUACCCAACAGAAACGAAGACAAAACGGAUGCUUUCGAUAAAAAUUCAUUCGACUUAGAUACAUAAUCUGAAUUUUUUAGACUAAUCUUGGGAAAAAAAUACUUCGAUCGAAGACAUAAACUUUCUACUUAAUUGAAUUUUCAUGUUUCAAGAGUUUAUUAUCUCUUUAUAUGUUAAUUUGUCAAUAAAUGUUUUAUCUUGAAAAUCAAUUGUUGUUGUUGUUUUCAUUAAAAGUUUCCAUUGAAACUCAAUCGAGACUCGAAGCAAAUUGAUCUUGAUGGGUUUCAAUUAAGUUUUAUUCGACAUAACUGUUGAAAAAUAAGUUCAACUUCAGUUCAUUUUAAAAGUCUCCCAUGAAUCAAGUUAAUUAUUCAAUCAUUAUAACUAAUAUGGAAAAAUUCACAAUUAGUUAAAAUGAUCUUAAGACAAUUUUGAAAAUUUCUCUUUUCUUGUAUUUUUAUUUUCAAAAAAUAAAUUUUUUAGAGAAUUCAUCGAGACUUUUCAGUUUGAAUUAUGUUAAAUCUGAUGAUGUGAAUAUCUCAGUCUAAUAUUCACUAGUUAAUCAAUCUUAUUUCCUAAACAUAAUAUUGUUUCUCAUAAACAUUAAUUGAUAAAGCAUUCUUAUUCAUCGCUAUUUGAAAUAUGAUAAUAAAAUUAUUCGAUAGUCUUACCGAUUUAAAAUAUUCAAAACUUUUUUUCUAAAUGAUAAUCGCCGAACUGUGGAAAAAAAUCAUCAAUGUCUUAUGAAACAAGUCGUUUUCAAAAGAAUUGUUAUUCAUAUUAAUAAUUCACUUGGAUGUUCGUUACAAGAAAUUGUGUAUAUAAAUAAUCUACUUCUUAAUUUAAGAAUUCCAACAAGAUUUCAUGAAUAAAGUACCCUGUUUUGAGCAAUGAUCGAAUUCUUUUGAAAAAAAAAAUAACACUAGUUUAAGUAUUGAAUGUCUUCGAUCAUCCACGUGAUUAUUUUGAACAAGCAUUUGAAUUAAAUAAAAUAUCGAUGCAACAAUUGCAUUUGGAGUAUGAGUCUGUAUGAAGAGAAGAUUUAUACGUACAAGUUUUUCAAGCUUACAUCUUUAUUAAUGAAAAAAUGACUAUAAUCACAAAUAUUUCGACUUUUAUCUGAAGAUUAAUCGUUCGAUAAGUUGAUUGAUCUGCCAAUGAACAUUCGAAAUCAAGCGUGUCAAGAAGCAUAAAACCAAUAAAUUAUGAGUAAUGAUAGUGAUGCAUUCGUUUGAUAUGUUUGUGAGUAACUGAUUAGUCUCUUCCUAAAUGUCAUUCUAUCUUAUAUGCAAAUUCUCUUUUCAUUUGCGAGAGCCAUUCAGUGACCUCGUUUGCAAAAACCUGUGGAUUGGGUUUUCGAAAUGUGACACUUGAUAAAUGUUCGGCUCUUUCCAAAAUUACUUUUACGUCGUUCAUUUAUGUGAUAUCAGUAUCAAGACGUUUUAUAUGAUGAGGUAAUUUCAAAUAAAUAGCAUUAAAAGUUAUUAGCUUGAUUCUUUCAGAAUUGUUACGGAUUAUGUGAAUUGAACGCAGAUUCCAUGCUCUUUUGAAUAGAGUUUCCAUUUCUACACCUAAACUGGCAACAAACAUACACUUGCACCGAAAACCUAAAACCAACUUUUGUAGACUCGAUAAAUUAACAAUUGUCGAUAGAUGUUCAAUUGAAUGGAAGGAGCAUUUCUGAUCAAUGAUCAGUAUAACUUCUUUCACAUUUCGAAAUAAAUAAUUCGUUCUUGAAUUAGUCUAAAACGAAAAUUUGUAAUCUUUUAGGAAAUGGAAAUAUGAAUUCUAAAACUAUUUUAAGUCAAAAAAACCAUCAAAAUAGUACUAUUAAAAUAAGAAGCGUUUUCAAAGAACAUCGAUGUGUCACUCCAAGAGUUAUACGAACUAUUCAGCGAAGAAUAAAUUAUCCAUAAUAUUCAGACAUUGUAAGCUUGAUUGAACACAAAUCUUUUCAUAGGUACAGCCGAUGUAAAAAGAAAAGUUCUAUUCGAUAAUCAAAAAGUAAUCGAAAAUAGUCGAUUAAAUGAAAAUAAUAACGAGUACUCAGUUGUUUUUUAUCAAAAAACUACUCAAAAUAAUCAAUGAUGUUGUAUUUAUCACUUACUACUUCACUACUUUUUAAUCAAAGACAAUGAUGAUUAUUUAAUUAUGUUUUUACAUGAGUAGGUACUAUUUUCGGAUAAAGAAACAGUUUUAGGAUGAAACUGAAACUAAUACUCUACCAGAACAAUGCUUAGUAAGUGUGUGAAUAGAUUUUUAUGUGAGUCGAACCGUUCAAAUUUUUCAUUCAUAAGAGAAAAGUUUACAAAUAUUAUUGAAAACUCUCACUAUUUCCCAGGGAUAUGACGAAGAUAAAAAAGUUUGGGGUACAACGAAUUUAUUUUUUGAAAGUUGAAAGUAUGAGGAAAUGCUGAACUAGCUUUUUUUUCAUUUUACAACCUUUUUUUAAAUAAAAAAUACGAUUUAGUUGGAACAAAUUGAAAAUUUUCUACAAGUCGAAAGUUCACACCCGUGCCUCAUGCUCAGAACCCUACCAUUUCCUUUAAUACAGAAAUAAAGCAUUUUUCGCAAUGGCUAAAAAUAUUUUCGAGUCCAUAUUUCACUGAGUAAUAGCAGACCACCGAACUAUAGCAAUCUUCAAAGGUUUGAUGAUCUUGUUGUGUUUUUGUCGAGAUAUUAGAUUAUUAUCAAAUUCUUCUAUGUAAGAUCAAACUAUUCAAAAAAAAUCCUGUUUUCAAUGUUCCGAAAUAUGCAUGAUUCAAAAUCUGCAUGUAUUAAAUAAAUCUACAACAUUUUGCGAGAACGGCAUACUAGGGUUGGACUACUUUUUUUAUUCCACCUAAUUAGGUGAUUUCACUGAACAUCCUAUUCUGUUCUAUUAACUGAUGCAAGCAAAGCGUUGUUUGGGAAGAAUCAGACGUUUUCUGGGACUCUCUUCCAUAUGAUCUGCAUGACACUAAUCGUGGUGAUGUAUUGAGGUAACAAAAAAAACUAGAAUUGAACUGUAUUACCUCAGUGAGCUCAAACAUAUCAAUUUCUAUUGAAUGAAUUUUUGGAACAGUUCUCAAAAUCAGAAUUAAUAUGACACUGUCAUGAGUCUAGUAUUAAACGAUAUAGAUAAAAAAAUGUAUAUCUCGAAGAGAGUCCAUCGAAGAAUUUCUGAAACUCGGUAUACAAGUUAGUCUAAUUGAGAUCUUUAUGUGAGCAAAUUUUCAAAUACAAAAAUGGAAAAAUGCAAUUUCCUUGAAAAGUAAGAGAUGAUUCAGU